AUGGCUACUUCAUCUCCUAAACUCUUCCUUCUUCUCUUAACAAUACUCUUCUCACAUACUUGGGUUGUCAACUCCUCUGAAUCUGAUACUUACGUUUAUAGCCAAAAUUCUUCCUGCGUGACUACCCGAGACUCUGAAGUUUGCUAUAAUAAUUCCACCUCAAUACAUGUAAGUCAUGAAGGCACCAACAUUAACAUUAACAGCAACGGCAGCAGCAACAGCAACAGCAACAGCAACCUUCUUCAGUCACUCCAAGUAGCAAUAUCUGAAACCAAAAAGCUAUCUGAUCAAUUCAUCAAUGCUGGAUACCCAAACAUCAUAGAAAACAAAAUAGGAGCAGUCCAAGACUGUAGGGAACUCCACCAAUCCACCUUGGCUUCCUUAAUACGAUCACAAUCAAGGAUUAGUUCCCCAAACUCCAAAAAUUUAAUUGAUGCAAGAACCUACCUCAGUGCAGCACUGACCAACAAGAACACAUGCCUAGAAAGCCUACAUUAUGCUUCGGGUACCCUGAAGCAAGUUCUGGUGAAUUCUGUGAUCAACACUUACAAGCAUGUCGGCAAUUCUCUUUCAAUGGUCCCUAAGCCUGAGAUAAGGGUUCCCAAGCAUAACCGGCGUUUGAUGGGUGUUCCAACAUGGUUGUCAAGCAAAGACCGUCGUUUCUUGCAAAGCACGGAACACGACCCUAAAGAAGUGCUUGUUGUGGCUGCUGAUGGAACAGGAAACUUUAGCACCAUCACUGAAGCUAUCAGAUUUGUUCCAAAUAACAGCUUUUAUAGGACAAUGAUCUAUGUCAAAGAAGGGAUUUACGAGGAAAAUGUUGAAAUCCCAAGUUAUAAGACCAAUAUUUCUCUGUUUGGCGAUGGAAGUGACGCCACUGUUAUCACCGGCAGCAGAAGCAUGGAUGGUGGCUGGACCACUUUCAAAUCUGCAACUCUAGCGGUCUCUGGUGAAGGCUUUCUGGGACGUGAUAUAGGUUUUGAGAACAAAGCAGGGGCAGAGAAACAUCAAGCAGUUGCAUUGAGAGUGAAUGCAGACAAGACUGCUUUUUACAGGUGUGCCAUGCAUGGUUACCAAGACACUCUUUACGUUCACUCCUUUAGACAAUUCUAUAGAGAGUGUGACGUUUAUGGGACCAUAGAUUUCAUAUUUGGGAAUGCAGCUGUGGUUUUACAAGCAUGUAAAAUUGAGUCCAGAAUGCCACUUCCUGGCCAAAUCACUGUCAUUACUGCACAGUCCAGAGACACUCCUGAUGAGGACACUGGCAUCUCAAUCCAAAACUGUUCUAUUUUAGCUAACAAAGAUUUGGAUUCCAACAUUGGCAGCUUCAAGAGCUACCUUGGGAGGCCAUGGAAGCCUUAUUCCCGUACUGUUUACCUUGAGUCCUACAUUGAUGAUUUUAUUGACCCAAUGGGGUGGACAAAAUGGUCUCUUGAUCAAGUCUUGUUUGACAAACUGUAUUUUGGAGAGUAUAAGAAUUAUGGGCCUGGUGCAGGGAUACAAAACCGAAUAGAAUGGCUUGGGUUCCAUUCAAUGAAUUACGAUAGUGCCUAUGACUUCACAGUUUCAGAGUUCAUUGCUCGUAGUGGUGAUGACUGGCUUCGGAGUAUUUCCUUGCCUUAUGAUGAUGGCAUUUAA